UUUUCCUGCACUUAGGGAACAAGAGUACGCAGCCCGAGCCCGACGGGCGGUAUUGCGAGAAAAUAUGAGGAUUCGCCCGGGAUGCGCGGCUGCACUAGCGGUGCUACUGCAAGUCGCUCUGGUGGCGAGCAAGGCAUUGGACCAGAAUCAGCUGCAACAGCAGAAGUCUCAGCAGCAAAUACCAUAUGGCACAGUGGCUCAGAAGCGAUGGGGUGGUGACGCAGGUGGUCAUGCAGGUGGAGAUGUAGGUACCGGCUAUGGUGGAGACUUCGGUGGUCACGGUGGAGAUUCAGGAGGUUACGGUGGUGACAUUGGCGGCGGCUUUGGUCAUUCCGGAGGUGGUGGUGACAUUGGCGGUGGCUUUGGCCAUUCUGGCGGUGGCGAUAUCGGAGGUGGUGACGCCGGUGGAGCAGGGGACGAACACCACGAUGACCAUCAUCACGAACAUGGUUACUGGAAGAAGAAGCUGAUUUGGAAACCAGGCUGGAAGAAGAUCUGGAAACCGGCUAAGAAACAGAUCUGGAAACCUGCGUGGAAGAAGAUCUGGAAGCCGAUAUGGGUGCCAACGCAGAAGGCUGUAUGGAAGGACAUUCAGGUACCAGCUUGGAAGAAAAUUUGGAAACCCGUAUGGAAAGAGAUCCAAGUACCAGUGUGGAAAGAAAUUCAAGUACCAGCGUGGAAGAAGAUCUGGAAGCCUGUUUGGAAGCCCAUCAAGGUUCCAGCAUGGAAAGAAAUACAGGUACCUGCAUGGAAAAAGAUCUGGAAGCCCGUUUGGAAGGAAAUUCAAGUGCCAGCUUGGAAGGAAAUUCAGGUACCCGCUUGGAAGAAGAUUUGGAUCCCAGAAUGGGUGAAAAUUGGCAUUCCAGGUGAACAUUACCACGGCACCGAUCACCACGGCUGGGAGUACACCAGUCACGACCUUUGGAAGAAGAAACUGAUCUGGAAGCCGCUUUGGAAAAAGUAUUGGAAACCGGCUAAAAAACAAAUCUGGGUACCAGACAAGAAGCUGGAGUGGGUAGAAGCUUGGAAACAAAUCUGGAAGCCAGCAAAGAAACAGAUCUGGGUGGAUGACAAAAAGUUGAUUUGGAAGGAAGAGUGGAAGCAAAUCUGGAAACCAUCCAAAAAGCUUAUCUGGGUACCUGAUAAAAAAUUGGAAUGGAAGGAAGCUUGGAAACAAAUCUGGAAGACGGACAAGAAGUUGGAAUGGGUGCCGGAUAAAAAGUUAUCCUGGAAGGAGGCUUGGAAACAGAUUUGGGUACCUGCCUGGAAAGAAAUCUGGGUACCAGCUUGGAAAAAGAUUUGGAAACCCGUCUGGAUUUCGGAAUGGUUCCCUGCAGAGGACCAUCAUCCGCAUCAUCACGGAUGGGAGGAUCGAAAGGACAGUCAAGCUCAAGGUAGCCAGGUUGUACCGUACAGUUCCGAAGCAUUAGCUAAGCAGAACGCUCAAGGCCAGCAGCAACAACGUCAGGUCGAUGAAAAUAAGGUCAGGUGGGACAGAUCGUCCAAGACGGAAGCUCCAUCGCUCAGCCAGGACUUGGUACCUCCACCAGCGCCGACCAAUCAAAGCAGCGCGAACUUUGCGUUCCCAAAACGCUGAUAAAAUUGAGUAAAGCUUGUACAAACACUUUUUUCAUAGAGUAUUGUAACAUAAGCCGCUGUAUAUAUUACCUUACUUGUACGAUAGAUAAGUUUUAGGGAGUUAAGUUUCUGGAGAAUCUAAUCGACUGACACGGCCCUUCUUCCCAGUUGUUUCAUUAAGGUGCUCACGUAUCAUCACCCUAAUGCUAAGUUCUAUCAUUAUGUAUAUUAUCUUCUUCUUUUUAUACACGUUGUUGUUACCUUUCUUUGUUAACCACUGCCGUUAAAAAUAAAGUUGAGUAAUAUUUUGUUA